CCGUUAUCUGAAAAUUGGGUGCGUACUGCGCAGUGAGUCAACUGAAAAAUUUAGCGACGGCCUAUGAAUCAUCACACUAAAUACUAUAGAAUUAUCGAAAAAUGGCUUCUACUGUAGCAGGAUCUGUACCUUUACCAAGUUCUCGUUAUGAUUUGUCGACUUACUGGGGUAGAGUUAGACACUGUGCUGAAAUUUCAGAUCCUACUAUGUUAUUGAACUCUACCAGAGAUGUUGAAGAUGCAAAAAGAAAGAUCUGGGAUUAUAAGAAUGGGGUAUUAGGAUCUAUGACACCAGAACUUUGGAGAGCUAAAAGAGUUUUGGAUUCGACUUUACAUCCAGAUACUGGGGAAACUGUAUUUUUACCAUUCAGAAUGAGUUCAUGUGUAUUAUCUAAUUUAGUAGUUACAGCAGGUAUGCUAACACCAAAUUUAGGUACUGUUGGUACAUUAUUUUGGCAAGUUGCUAAUCAAUCAUUAAAUGUUGCUAUUAAUACCGCUAAUGCUAAUAAAUCUCAUCCACUAACUACUAAACAAAUCGCCGUAAAUUAUUCUAUGGCUGUUACAGCUUCAUGUUCAGUAGCUUUAGGAUUAAAUGCAAUAGUUCCAAGAUUAAAAUCUUUAAAACCAAAUACUAGACUUAUUUUAGGUAGAUUAGUUCCAUUUGCUGCAGUAGUAUCAGCAGGUGUAGUUAAUGUAUUUUUAAUGAGAAGUGAAGAAAUUAAAAAAGGUAUUACUGUUUAUGAUAAAUCUGGUAAUGAAGUUGGAACUUCUAAAACUGCUGCUGUAUAUGCAGUUGGUGAAACUGCUGCCAGUAGAGUUAUUAAUGCUACACCAAUUAUGGUAAUUCCACCAUUAAUUUUAGUAAAACUUCAAAAGUCAAGAUUUUUAAAGGGUAAACCAAAGAGUUUAGAAAUAAUAACCAAUAUUGGUUUAAUCUUUGCAACUUCUUUAGUUGCAUUACCAUUUGCUCUUGCUGUUUUCCCUCAAAGAAGACACUUACCGGUGAAAAACUUAGAAGAAAAGUUCCAUAAUCUUAAAGAUUCAAAUGGAACUCCUAUAGAAACUUUAGAAUUCAAUAGAGGUAUCUAACUGUAAAUAAUUUAUUAAUACAUAUUAUUA